AUGAAUACAGAUUCUCAAAAGGAACCUUGGCGAGAAUCAUUAUUUAAUGUAUGUAGCUCAUCAUCAAUUUGUUGCAAAGGUAUUUUCUGUACACCUUGUUUAUUUGGUACGAAUGCAGUUAAAAUUAGUAAUGCUUCAUGUUGUGUAUAUUGUUGUGCAUAUUCAAUUUUAAUAUCUUGUUUAUCAUGUGGUCUUGUACAUAUGCGUAUGCGUGCCAAAAUGCGUGAAAAAUAUGGUUUAGAAGAAAAGCCAAGUGAUUUUUUAGCUGCUUGCAUACUUUCACCAUUAGCUGUUUGUCAAGAAACACGUGAAAUAAUAUCACGUGAAAAAAAUCCUACUGAAAAAGUUCGAACCAGUCAACCUGGUGAAACGUUAUCUCAUGUAAAAAUUGGAUUUCUCGGUGCUGGUCGAAUGUGUCAAGCACUAGCUCGAAGUCUUAUUGAACAAAAUGUUGUUUCAUCAAAAGAUCAAAUAAUUGCAAGUGAUGUUGAUGAAAAUCAACGAAAAAUAGCAACAUCUCAAUUAGGUAUUACAACAACAGCUGAUAAUAAACAAGUAGUCAAACAAAGUAGUCUACUUAUCUUAGCUGUUAAACCAAAAGAUGUUGAAAGUGUCUUAAAUGAUAUUCGAGAAUCCUUCAUUCCACAGAAUCAUUUACUUGUUUCAAUUGCAGCUGGUAUUCGAACAACAACUAUUGAAAAAUUUCUUAAACCAAACAGUCGAGUAGUUCGUGUCAUGCCUAAUAUAGCUUGUUUAGUUAAUGCUAGUUGUAGUGUUUAUGCAUCUGGACAAUGUGCUACUGAUGAGGAUCGAUCAUUAGUAAAUGCGAUUUUCUCAUCUGUUGGUUCAUGUGAAGGUGAAAUUGAUGAGAAUUUACUCAAUGUAGUCACUGCUUUAAGUGGUAGUGGACCUGCUUAUUUUUCUGUUAUGGUUGAAGCACUUGCUGAUGGUGCAGUAAAAGCAGGUUUAAGUCGACCAUUAGCAUUGGCUUUAGCUUCAAAAACGAUGUUUGGUACAGCAAAAAUGUUACUUGAUAAAGAACAACAAUUUCAUCCAAGUCAAUUGAAAGAUGCAGUAGCUAGUCCAGGUGGUACAACUAUUUAUGGUCUUGAAAUCAUGGAAAAAGCUGCUGUUCGAGCAGCUCUAAUGGAAACAGUAACAGCAGCAACUGAUCGAGCUGCUCAAUUAGAAUCGUAA